UAUCGUUUUCAAGUAGAAACAAUGAACCGCCCGGAGCUGGACUACUAUGCGGUGCUAGACCAGCCAAGAGGCACCACAAAGGAGCAGCUAACUCUGGCCUAUCGCCGCCUGGCCAUACGCCUCUGUCCUUAUCGCGACAAAAAGGACGAGCAGGACUUUGUUCCGCUGGCCCAGGAGGGUCGUCUCACACAUCUAUCGCCCAUGGGCGAACCCAGGCAGUGGGCCUACAUCAACAUGGCCUUCGAUGUCCUGGGCAACGAUCUGUAUCGGGCCAUAUACGAUCGCUAUGGAGAGGCGGGACUGUUCGAGGGAGUGAUGCUGCCGAACGGGUACUUUCCGCCGUAUCAAUAUGACGGCGACCACAUGAGGGUCUAUCAACAGGUCUUUGGCAGCUACUCACCCUAUGCCAAUGUGAUCGAUGCCAUUGCCAAUCCGCCGUGCUUGUAUGCCACCAAGCAGCAUGGCAUUGGGGUGCGCUCCAAGGAUUCGAGCACGGAGAGGAUCAUCGAGCUGUCUCUGGAGGAGGUGCGAACUGGCUGCAUAAAGCUGAUGAAUGUAUGGCGCCAGGAGAUCGUAGAUGCCAAGGAAUCGCGGAUGGAGAAGCGUAAGCACACUCUAAAGCUGAACAUUGCCCCUGGAACCACGGCGGGAACUCGCUUCUGCUUCAAGGAGGAGGGCGACCGCUAUCCGGCCACCAUUCCGGGUGACAUUAUAUUUAUAGCUGCCGACAAGCCGCAUCCGGAUUUCGAGAGGAGGAACCAGCACGAUCUGGUCUACAGGCACGCCAUUGACUUGUCUCAGGCCUUCACCGGCUUCACUUUCUUCAUUGGCACCCUUGAUAGGCGGCAGUUGAAAGUGGUAAUCACGGACGUGGUGCAGCCGGGUUACACCAGGGUGAUCCCUCUCGAGGGACUCCCAAAAUGCCGAAACCUAGACGCAGUUACAGCCAUUAAAGAGGCUAACAAAAAGAUAGAGCAGUUCGGGGACCUCAUCAUAGAAUUUAAUUACAUUUUCCCCAAGUAUUUGACGCCUCGUAUGAAACAAAUGACCCGGGAGUUUUUCCGUGAAUUCCGCAAGCUGGAAAUUGAACUGGAGGAGGAGGAGGAGCGGAACAUGGCUCAAUAGAAGUCUCUUUAUUGUUAUCCCGCAUUUAGAACACUUAAAAUUGUGCGUACCUUAUAAAUAAAUUUAAAUUUUGCGUUCAAA